UAUGUGCGCAGCAGCACUGUCUGCAGCGCUCGCGCAGUCCUUCGGAGGCGGAAUAAAAAAAAAUAAAUCUCAUUUUUAGUCACAUAAGUUUGUCUUUUUGUGUUCGUUUGGCGCGCUUACAUGGAAAUGAGAAUACAACGGUCAUCAUCACUGCCAUGAGUUAACUCGUUCAAAGUUCUGCGACAUUUUCCUGCCUUCACGCCAUUUAUUUGCUGUUGAUGUCAGCAACACGGAACUGUGAUUUCAGCGACAGGUACGCCAGCACUGCGGCCAUGUUGGCGUCGAGCCCGUAAGCAAGCCUCCGUGCCUCGAGGCUCCAGGCCUCCAUCCAAGCCUUCAUCUUCUUAAUCAUCAUCAUCAGCAGCAUGUCUAGCUCGGGCUUCCCCCCCAGUCAGGGGAGUUUCAGCAGCGAGCAGAGCCGCUAUCCACCCCACUCAGUACAGUACACCUUCAGUCCUGCACGCCAUCCACCGGAGUUCACAGUUUCAGAGUACCGUAAUGCUCACCUGCAGGACCAGCAGCAGCGUCGCAGGCCCUCAUUGCUGUCCGAAUUCCACCCUGGAACCGAGAGGUCUCACACACGCAUGCACUCUACAUUGCAUGAUCCAAUGCCUCCGGAGCGCCGGCACGGCUAUGAGCAGCAGUUCCACACCGUCACUGCCCAGCUGGAGCACGAGGCCAUGGAUGCCAAGCGUCCUCGUAUUGAGGGCGCCAAUGAAGCCCACCUGGCCCGUGCACCACCCGCCAGCGUCGUCCUGCCGCUACUAAACCCCAUGCAGGACGGCCUGAGAACCCCAGGAGAGAUCAAGAAGGAGAAUCAGUUCAGUGUGAAGCUAGAGGCCUCAUCCCCAGGAGGAGGGAUUCAGGCCAUGGGGGAGGAGCAGGACGCGUCUCCGUCCAAGCUCUCCAAAGAGGAGCUAAUCCAGAGCAUGGACCGUGUGGACCGUGAGAUUGCCAAGGUUGAGCAACAGAUAUUUAAACUCAAGAAGAAGCAGCAACAACUGGAGGAGGAAGCAGCAAAGCCGGUGGAGCCGGAAAAGCCAGUGUCUCCUCCCCCCGUGGAGCACAAACACCGCAGCAUUGUCCAGAUCAUCUACGACGAGAACCGGAAAAAAGCAGAGGAGGCCCACAAGAUCUUCGAAGGACUCGGCCCUAAAGUAGAGCUGCCCCUGUAUAACCAGCCGUCAGACACUAAAGUGUACCACGACAACAUUAAGACAAAUCAAGUGAUGAGGAAGAAGCUGAUUCUGUUUUUCAAGAGGAGGAACCACGCACGCAAACAGCGGGAACAGAAAAUCUGCCAGCGCUACGACCAGCUGAUGGAGGCGUGGGAGAAGAAGGUGGAGCGGAUGGAGAACAACCCACGGCGCAAGGCCAAGGAGAGUCGCACGCGCGAGUACUACGAGCGCCAAUUCCCCGAGAUCCGCAAGCAGCGCGAACAGCAGGAGCGCUUCCAAAGGGUGGGACAGAGAGGCACGGGGCUGUCUGCCACCAUAGCUAGGAGCGAGCACGAGAUCUCGGAAAUCAUAGACGGCCUCUCGGAACAAGAGAUUUUCUUAGAUGUGGCCUCGGAGACUCGUGGGAGUCCGUCACAGGCUGCAGGAGCAGCGUCUACCCAGAAAGCUUCACAGUCAGCAAAAAAAUACUUGAAGCACUGUAACGGAAACAAUAAAAACAACGAGAAGCAGAUGAGGCAGCUAUCCGUCAUCCCUCCCAUGAUGUAUGACUCGGAGCAGAGGCGCGUGAAGUUCAUCAACAUGAACGGACUCAUGGACGACCCCAUGAAGGUCUACAAGUCUCGGCAGUUCAUGAACGUCUGGACCGAGCACGAGAAGGAGAUUUUUCGGGAGAAGUUUGUGCAGCACCCAAAGAACUUUGGCCUUAUUGCCUCUUAUCUUGAACGAAAGUGUGUCUCAGAUUGUGUACUGUAUUACUACUUGACCAAGAAGAGCCAGAACUAUAAGACACUGGUUCGACGCAACUAUGGCAGCCGACGACGGAGGAACCAGCAGAUAACGCGGACCUCACAAGAAGAAAAGUCCGACGAGAAGAACGAGGAGGACAAGUUGGAGAAAUCAGACAAGAAAGAGGAAGACGAUAAGAAGGACGAGGAGGAGAAAGAUGAAAAAGAGGACUCGAAGGACAUUAGCAAAGACAAAGAGAAGUGUGAGGGAGAGGACGAGGAGGGGAAGGAGCAGAACACGCCCCGCGGUCGCAAGACGGCUAACAGCCAGGGACGGCGUAAGGGCCGAAUCACCACGCGCUCCAUGGCCAACGAGGCUGCUAGUACUGCCACAGAGGAACCAGCAGCACCAGCAGCACCCCCGCCACCACCACCACCACCACCUGAACCUGUUUUACCGGAGCCUGUCCCUCCUUCCAAGCCAGAGCCAGCGCCGAAGCCAGCACGCGAACUCGCUAAGCUUGCUCCUGUGACCAGCAUGGACAGCCAAGCACGAGGAGCUGUAGAGGCCGGAGAGACGUCUCGCUGGACAGAGGAGGAGAUGGAGGUGGCCAAAAAAGGACUGGUAGAGCACGGCAGGAACUGGUCGGCUAUUGCUAAAAUGGUGGGCACCAAGAGUGAGGCGCAGUGCAAGAACUUCUACUUCAACUACAAGAGACGGCACAACCUGGACGACCUGCUGCCUCAACCCAAACAGGCAAACAAAUGUUUGCGUGACCGAGAUGCGUCUCAGAGCGACGGUGUGGCCACGGCUUCAGCUGAUGAUGAUGAGGAGGAGGAGAACCCAGAUGACAGCGAAGGUGCAGAGAACAGUUCAGACACCGAGAGCGCGCCAUCUCCUUCACGGUCGGACACACCCAAGCCCUCCGAGUCGCAACCCCAAGCCCCGGAUCAAGAAGCUACUGCCCCCAAAGUCCCUAAUGCAGAUACCAAAGCUCAGGAGCCCACCUUCAACGAGCUGCAGGUAAAGCUGGAGAAAAGUCCAGAAGGAGCAGUGGUGGACGAAUCCAUGUUUAAGGAUGAGGUCCAGCUGUACCCUAAGAGUGAACCUCAGGACACAGAAACAGUGGGAGGAGACCGGGGAGAGGUGCAAGUAAAGACCGAGCCAGAAUUGAGGGAGAAAGAGAAGCAGAAUGAGCAGCAGCAUUCGGACAACGACUCGAGUGCCACCUGCAGUGCUGAUGAAGAUGUCGAGGACGAGCCAGACAGACAGAGGUUGUUCUCUCUGGAGAAGCCGUCGAUUCUCGGAGGCUCUGGGUCAGUGGUGGUCUCCUCGAGCAAGCAGGCUCAGCUCAGUGUGCAGCAGCUCCAGCAGCGUGCUGCCACCAUCCCCCCCAUGGUUGCUGGUCCGUUUGGGACAGCCGGGGUUCCUGUAGGAGCUCCUCUGAGCGGCUUAACCAUGUUCCAGCACCAAAUCAAAGCUGUACACGAAUCGGCACACAUGGAGGACAACCAGAGACAAGAAGCCGGAGAGUUGGAGCGCAGGCCGCGCUACAUCACUCGCAGCCCCACCAUCCUCGACCGAGAUGGUAAGCCGUUUCCCUACAUGGCGUACGAUAUAAAGCUGAUGGAGCCAGAGGUUCCUGCUGCAGGAAGACCGGGUUCACCGUACAGACUGUCUCCCCGAGAGCCUAGCAAAGCGUCGCCCCAACCCGAGCCCAACAACCCCGCCCGCUACAGCGUCCCGCCAGUCCUGCAGCCCGCGCCUAACCAGGUGGUCCAGAACCUUCCUGAUGGAAUGCGUGUGCCAUUCGCCCGCCACAGGCCCCCCAACAUUCCGUCCCCGCCUCCACUCAUCCCUACGUCCAAACCCUCGGACAAGCCCACCUUCAUCCAGGGAGGAUCCAUUUUACAGGGAACGCCAGGCACGUAUCUGCCCUCACACACUCAUGUCAUGUUCGGGCCAGAGGGAGCUAAGAGCGCUGGUGGAUCCAUCUCUCUCGGCCUGCCAAGACAACAGGACCCUGCCAAACCUGUGUCCUAUAUAAAGCAGGAGGAAUGUUCACCGCGUGGGCAAAGUGCUCAGGCUGAAGGGCUGCUCUCCAGGGCACAGUAUGAAGGAGUAGUCCGAGGAGGGCCGAUGCCUACCAUCCAGGACCUGGGAAGAGGGCCUACUGGAAAAGGCCCUGAGGGACUUCCCAUAAGAGCAGGAUCAAUCACCCAUGGCACCCCAGCUCUUCCUCAGUCCAGCAUACCGGCAGAAUUGCUGAAGGGCAAGCUGAGUGCUGAGGACCUGAGUAGCCCAGAGAAGGGCCGAGGCGAACCACUGCCUAAAGCCCAUGUCAUUUAUGAGGGCAAGAGUGGCCACAUCCUGUCAUAUGAUGCCAUUAAGAACACCAGAGAAGGUACAAGAAGCCCCAGGACAGGACAUGAGUUGAAACGCACAUACGAGAUGAUGGAGGGAGCCAGAGCACUUUCUGGACGGGAGGCUGCACCUUUUGAAGGUUUGAUUAGCAGGGCGCUGCCAAGAGAUGGCCAACACCCUGACUCCAAGGAGAGGCCCAUACUCACGGGAUCCAUCAUGCAAGGGACACCCCGAACCGCCGCUGAUGCUUUUGACGAGGUCAAGUAUGGUAAGCAGAUCAAGAGGGAAAGUCCACCAAUUCGCUCCUUUGAAGGAGGAAUCACUAAGGGCAAGCCCUACGAGGGUGUGAACACCAUUAAAGAGAUGGGACGCUCCAUUCAUGAGAUCCCCCGCAAGGAAGUACCGGACAGCCGCAAGACCCCUGGCUUGGAAGUAUCCAUUACUCAAGGCAUCCCUCUGAAGUAUGAGAGCAGCAGCAGUGGCGCCAGCCAGUCUGCCAUCAAGCACAAUGUUAAGUCACUUCUCACCAGCCCGGGCAAGCUGGAGGACCCCAAAGUACAAGAGCGCGUGCGGCACACGUCAGUCGUCAGCGCCACGUCAGUGCUGCGCUCCACACACCAGGAGGCCAGCAAGGCUCAGCUCAGCCCGGGGAUGUACGAGGACGCGAAUGCCCGCAGGACCCCCAACUACACCACCGGCUCCAUCUCCAGAGGAUCGCCCCUGCUUCGGGCGCAAGAGGGGGGUAUAACUGCAGGAAAGCCCGUGUCCCACGAGAGAAAGAGCACGCUGACCCCAACCCAGAGAGACAGCGUCCCAGCCAAGUCUCCUGUAUCUGGAGGCGAGCCGCUGGCCUCUCACAGCCCCUUUGACCCCCAUCAGGUGUACCGAGCCCACCUGGGCCCUCAUUUGGACCCCAGCCUUUUCCACCACCCAGCUUACAUGUUCCAAAGGCAGCCAUCCCCAACUGGCUACCCCAACACCUACCAACUAUACACCAUGGAGAACACGCGCCAGACAAUCCUGAAUGACUACAUCACUUCGCAGAAAAUGCAGCCCAUCCCGCGGGCCGAAGUCGCCAGAGGCCUGUCGCCCAGAGAACAGCAGAUUGCCAUCCCAUACCCUGCUGGAGCCAGAGGUAUAAUUGAUCUAGCCCAGAUGCCUCCCACCAUCCUGUUGCCUCACCCUGGGGGGACAGUUUCCCCUAACUUGGACCACAUCGCAUACCUCCCUGGACCUCAGACCCCUUUUCCUCCUAGGGUUUUCAACCCAGCCUCCAUAUCUCCAGGACACCCUGCACAUCUCGCAGCCAGCAUGGAGAGAGAGAGAGAAAGGGAAAGGGAACGAGAGAGGGAGAGGGAUCGCGAACACCGAGAACGGGAGAAAGAGAAGGAGCGAGAGAGGGAGAGAGAGCGGGAGCGAGAGAGAGAACGCGAGCGCAUGGUAGUCGCUAACGAGUACAUCCGUGGGGCAGCUCCAGAGCAGCCUGGCAGGCCCAGUAGCCGUGCUUUCCUGCGUUCCCCGUCUCCUUCAAUGAGGUCCCAGGAGGGUGUAGUCCAGCAGAGGCCCAGCAUCUUCCAGGGCACGAAGAGUGUCAUCACGCCUCUUAUCAGGCAGAUGCCCCCCGCAGCAGCCGCAGCACAGACUUCCUCCCGCUACAACACAGCCGCAGAUGCAUUGGCUGCACUGGUGGAUGCUGCCGCCUCUGCACCCCAGAUGGACGUAGCGAAGGUCAAAGAGGCUAAACACGAGGGCAUCAGCGCCCGUGACGAAGAGGCGAGCCCCUCACGAGCCAUGUCACUUCCUGCUGGGAAAGCACCCCUUCCUGGAUAUCCAGACGGAGGAGGAGGAGGGGCAACAAGCGGCAAAGAUAAGUCCCGCAUAGAGGAAGAGCUGCGCACGCUCGGCAAGACCACCAUCACCGCGGCCAGCUUCAUCGACGUCAUCAUCACUCGUCAAAUUGCAUCAGAAAAAGACUCGCGCGAGAGGGGCUCACAGAGCUCGGACUCCUCGGGAAGUUUGACAUCGAGCCGUUAUGAUGGACAGAGCAGCGGCGCCAUCGAGGUGAUCAGUCCGGCAAGUUCCCCGGCUCAGAGAGAGGAGAAAAACGAACGGUCCUUCUCCUCAGAGAAGAGCACUCAGCCGGCUACAGGUACUGUUAGAGGAUUUGAUAUUGGGCGCUUCAGGCAUCAGAUGGAAUCGGGACCCUCAACAGCUCCACCUCCACCUACACAAACUCACCGUGUCAUGACCCUGGCUGACCACAUCUCGCACAUCAUAACCCAGGACUUUGCCAAGAAUCAGGACCCUCCUCCUUCAUCCAGCGCUUCUUCCUCCUCUUCCUCCUUAUCCUCUACAUUCCAAAACUCUGCAGCAGUAGGUGGAAGCGCUCGCUCCAAAGUGCCUAACCGCUACAGUCCGGAGAACCCAGUCAACCCCGCCCACCAUCAGAAACAACCUAGCCGAGUGUCCCCUGAGAACGCCUCGGACAAAUCCAGAUCCAGGCCGGGUAAAUCCCCUGAGCGUGCUGGCGGCCGGGCCGUCGAGAGCUACGAGCCCAUCUCCCCUCCACAAAACUAUUCAGGGCUAGAGAAACAAGAGAACAGUCUGCUUCAGAGCCAGAGGCGUGAACAGGAUCUUACAGAGCAAAGAACGGACUCGCGCUCCCCGGGCAGCGGCAACUAUCUGCCAGCUUUCUUCACCAAGCUGGAGAGCACCUCCCCCAUGGUGAUGUCCAAGAAACAGGAGAUCAUCCGCAAAUCUGAUGUCGGUAAUGCACAGCCAGGCACAGAGAUCUUUAAUUUACCAGCAGUAACAACCUCAAGUAAUGUGAACCUUCGGAACCACUCAUUCAGCGACCCAGCCAGCAACCUUGGUCUAGAGGACAUAAUCCGUAAGGCUCUGAUGGGGUCUGUAGAUGAGAGACCAGAGGAGCAGACACAUCAAGCUCAAUCUGUAGCUUCAGCAGCAGGAAAUAACUCUGAGGGGCGACAGGAGGCCAACCCGUCCCCCAGCACAGGUAGAUAUUCAGCGAAGCAGAAGCUCCAGAGCAAAGCCAGCAGCAGGAAGUCCAAGUCGCCCAACCCAGGCCAGGCGUACGCAGGCGGAGAGCGACCCUCCUCCGUGUCCUCUGUACAUUCGGACGGAGAAUAUCACCGGCAGGCUCCCAGCUGGGCUUGGGAAGACCGGCCCUCAUCCGCAGGUCCAAUGCAGUUCCCUUACAACCCUCUAACGAUGCGCAUGCUGAGCAGCACGCCUCCCACCUCCAUGGCCUGCCCUUCUCCCUCCAUGCAGUCCCAGCAGCAGCCAGGAGGAGGAGCCAACGCUCCGGCCCGUGCCUGGGAGAGGGAGCCGCCGCUGCUCUCGGAGCAGUACGAAACCCUCUCGGACAGCGACGACUGAGCUGGCCCAUGAACCUUGACCCUUUUGACCUCCCUCCAACCCCCUUCCCCGGUCCCUAGGGUCACCGAGAACCGUGUCCCUGUCAGGGCGGUCCAGCUAACGCACGUCCCAGUGCUCAGUGGGGAUUGCCUGGGGAGGCACACUCGCUUCUGGUGCUUUAAUUUCCUCUUGUGCUUGUAGAAAGCGUUGCGAGGGAGCCACGACCUGGUCGUUCAGGAUAAACCUCGUCCAGAAGCUUUAUUUCGCCUGUUUGUGAACGAGCAAACACAAAAUGUUGGAAAAACAGAAAAGAGGAUGAAGAACUUGAAAUAUAACGACUGAACUUGCUUCAAAUUUGUUUAAUUUCUGUAAAGAAAUACUUAAAAAAAAAAAAAAAAAAAAUCUUCAAAAAAAUGUAUGUAAAUACAGUAACCUUUUGCAGUGUGAAUUUUUUUUUUCCAGACUUUUUGCGUUUUAUUAUUACUUUUUAAAUCAGAUCCCUGCUGGUUUAAGAUUAUACAGAAAGUUCUUGCUCUCAAUGUGAAAAGUGUGGAUUUUUCUCCCGAGCCCAUGAUGGCAGGACGCAGCGUGAACUUGAACCGAUAGAGCUGAAGCACCAAGGAAGAGAGCAUUUCAAUCACACAGCCAGCCUUCAUAGCACUGGAGGCACCAGGGGCACCACAGAUUUUGUAAACGAGCAUUCAGCCUGUUACACGAGUGCAUGAUAAACAAAAAAUUAAUUAUUUAAAAUUUUUAAAAAGCGUGAGCGUAUUUAAGCCCUGCAGAAAGAUCUCCAUUUUGGUUCACGUGAACAAGUUGAGAACACUGGUGUCAGAGCUGAACGAUUCUUCAGUGAAAGAAGAACAAUAAGCUGAAUGUUUCUUUUUCCUCCCGAAAUACAUGUUGUGGUUUUGUUUUGUUUUUAGAUCAUUUUUUUGUCGCUCUGUGGUGACCUCUAGUUGUGAGAGGAAACACGUCAUGGUUCCGGUGUCUGCUUCAGAGUGUGGCUCUGUGUGAUUGCUAACAAGUGCUCAAUGUUCUGCUGUUUUUCUCCUUCAUCUCUCUGCCAGAGGAACACCAGAGGAAGCUGUUUCACUAUGGAGAGAUUCUUGGUUCCCUUCACAUGGAGGAGAAAUCAAACUGUGAUCUUCCUCUUUUUUUCUUUUCUUUUCUUCUUCACUUUUUUUUUCUUCUGUAAAAUGCUGAAGUACAUGCUGAUCUGUCUAUCUGGUGAGGAAAAAAAAAAAAAACAAGCUUCUGUUUGUCACACCUCUGCACCACUGUUGCACUUUUUGUUUUGGCUUACUAACUUUUGACAAGCGUACUACCUGUAAUCUAAGUUAUUGGAGCUUCUGCAGAGGUCUGGACUCUUCAAAUUCAUUCACAUUUUUGCAAUAACGCUCUUAUCACAGUUUUAUUUGUUAAAUCUUGCCACCGUUUUCCGGCUUGUUUGACACAUCACUUGAUCUUUGCUCUAGUCUAUGGUACAGUAAGGCUGUUCGAGUUGCUGCUUUGUAGUGGUGGCUUUCACUUAUAAAAUCAUCUUGAUGUAACAGACAAUAAGCUCAGUUUCAGUAAUCUGCACAAGUAUAGCUGUAUUUUCUAUGGCAACACCCUCAAAAAGUUUCAAUCCGUAGUGCAAUUUGUUUUCUUUUUCUUUCGCUUUGCUUAAUUAACUAAAAACCUGUCUGUUUAUUUUUUAUUUUUAUUUUAUUUUGUUAUAUUUAAUUAAUUUCACUUCUGAAAUAUUGAGGAAAAAAAAGCCCUAGAGCUCAUGUUGAGAUUUUAUUCCAUCAUUCUCAACAUCAUUAUUAUUCAUCCUUUUUAAUGGGAUGCAAAGUGUUUACAAUGGCAUUGACAAAAACAAACAAAAAAAAAAAAGUGGUGAAACUUGAAUCUUAAGAAAAAGAAAGUCAGUCAUUGCAUCAGUUAGUCUAUUUUGUUCAGUCCAACACCAUGCAGUGGUAACUUUUAUUUUUCUUUAUUUUAUUUUAUUUUAUUUUUUUGUCCUUUUGGAAUUGAGACUUGAAAUAACCCAUAUAUCCCAUGUUGUUGGAAAGCAAUGUUUGUAUCGCACAAUGUCUCUUAAGUAGCCAAUUACAAAAUUUUCAGACCAAUCAAUAAAGUGGAUUAGCGCUCCACCUUUCUGAAAAUUUA